UAUACUACGAAACACAAACACAUAGAUACAUUUAGUGGUUUGAUGUUUUCGUUCCUUUGUUGCUGCGAUGCCAGAUCGAUUAAAAAUAUAAAUUAAAGCGUAUACCUAGAGUGCAUGCUUUUCCUUAAGGUCAUUAUAUAUGGUGUCGCAAAUUUUAAUUGAAUUGUAGUGGAAUACGAACUUUAGCACUUGACAUAGAAAACUCGGUGCCUGCAAGCAUGUUAAAGUUAACUCGUGUGAAUCAGUUGCGUGCAUCGUACAUUCGAUUUGUGGCCCAGGCAACGUCUGCUACAAGUAAUGAAUACUCAUGCCAACCGGAGUAUCCACCAAUUCGGGACCUGACACACAAGGCGCUAAAGCGCAGAGAAGCUAAUGAUUGGCAUGAAGAAAUUCGUCAAGUGCCGACAGUAGAAGAAAAAAUCAUCAAAGUUAAUAUGCCUCGUUAUUAUGGAUACAAAGUUGUCGACUUCAACGACAACAAAAUUCCAUACAACGCAUUACCGGUCACGCAACAUUACACGCGCACAGUACUAAAAGAGUUGCCGCUAUUAUCUGCUGAUGAAAACGAGACGUCGGAAUUUAGUUCAGAUGCUUUUCUAAAGACGGCCCGCGAUGAUAUAAUUGACGCUCUGGAACUGGCACAUGACUUCUACAACCACCAAGCGACGCUGCCCGACGUUGCGCCUUCUGAUUCUGUUAACCGCGAACGACAGCUGACUCAAAUUAUUGUAGAGCAGCUAAACAGAGCUUUACUGCAGAUACUCAGCGCAGACUAUCCGCAUCUAAAUGGUGUCGAGGUGGACUACAAUCCACGCCACGAGGCCUUUUGGGCAGUUGGCGGCGUGGAUCCUCCAAAAAAUGUGGUAAAGUCGAAAAAAGGUCGGGACUGGCAAAAAGAUGUAGCUAGUGAAAGCGUCGACCGAUUGGUCCAAUACACUGGGGCUCCUUACUUGUCGCUCCGUCAUCGUCAGCAGCUGUGCCCGUGGAUGACAGAAGGGGAAAGUAAAAUUAUGGACCCACACGCCCGACACCUACCACGCUUCAACCAUGAUGCCCGAACUUUGGGCUACAGAACCUCGUACCAGCAUGCAGUCAAUGUCCCCGGCUAUUGGCCCAGUGCUAACGGGGCAAAUUUUGGAUUACUCUCUUUUCAAUCGAGAGCAUCCCUCCAGAUGCGUCAUAAGGCAUAUGGGGAUCGCGACCUACAAGAAGCACUUCAUGCACUGGCUAUUAAGUCUUCAUACGCAUGGCUAUUAGCGCAAGCCAAUUACAACGGCUUCAAUACCUAUAACGACCUCACUUACCCUAUGAACACCCAAACUGUGAUCACAAAUGGUCGAGAAUGGAGUUUCUACGAGUACCAGUUAAACACGCUGCUUCUGCACAGCAACCAAGUGAACGAAAAUCCCCGAGUGAAUUUCUGUCGAGGUACACCGCCUCUUCCUCUUUACGCUGAGAUAUCAGAAAAAGGAAAGUGUGUGGACUUUAAUGAUGUUACACUGAAGCAGCUGCUCAGAGUGUAUAUGAACGUCCCCAAGGUCGAGCGAAUAGGCAACGAGCUCCACCCGUAUGUGACUGCUCGCACCUCUGACUAUGAGAAUAAACACCAGCGCGAUUUUAUUGACAAAACUUUCAAAUACUUGUGUUCAAAGCGACCCCGUCACCUUGAGCUGCCCGAGAUCUACUUGUGGGAAAAGUUAUACAAGAUCGACCAUAAGACUCGCGCCAUGGAGGCGAAACGACGAUUCUUUGAGUUGGAAUUAAACCCUUGGCGUCGAACGCUUGAAAAACACGACAAAGAAUACCUGCCGAGGGCGGUGCGACUGGGUGGCCGCAAGAAUCGUAAAGACCGCUUUAAGAAAACAUUUUACCCCUAAGUGGUACUAGAAAAUUGUUUACCUCUUUUAAUAAAAAAUAAAAUGGUUCUUGUUACACCAGCCACGGAAAUAGUCGCAUUUAAUAAUUAUGCCAAACAUUGUUGAUUAGCCGAGUCAAACAUUCCGUCUCAAUCUGACUGAAUGUACGCUUACUACGUUUUAAGGAUAUAUCUACGGCCCACGAGCGCAAUCAGAUUAAUAGUACAAUGGCAGUAAAAGAAGCAACAGAGGAAGACAUCUUAACGUUAAAAAUAUUUCUGAUUCUCAAUAGUAGUCGUAUGGCUUUUCCUAACAGUAGUAUUUGUAAGAAAAAUUCUGGUACAUAUUAAAGAUUAAUAAACGUAGGAUAUUUUAAAUAGAUGUACGGUGAGGCUUGUAGCUGCUGUAAGGAGGCCUAGGAAUUUUGGGGUCCGCCGAAAAUUAGGCACCGUCUAACGAGCGCCAAGAGAAAAUUCUCUUUAAUAGUUGGCAAAGAGGGCCAGGAUCAGAGAGUGGGUCAGAGCCAGGACAAACUUCCUCAUCGAAGGAGAGCGGGUUCGAAGUAGAAGUUCGACAAGAAAAGUUUUAUAUAGAUGUCAUUGGGACGCCAUUGCAGCAUUCCAAGCUUGGUCGACAGCGUUAAAUGGUGUUCACCAAGUACCCUCUGAAGUGGCAGCCUGAUUAUAAAAUUUAAAAAGAGAGAGAAACCCAUUAAAACCAAUAAAAAUAAGUGAAAUAUA